GGGUUCAUCCGGACUCAUUUCAAGAAUCAGUAUUUGAAAAACGCUGCGACCAUGACACUACGAGUACUUAGUUCCCGAAUGUUACAUCAAACCGGUGAAUUGCUCUUCAAAGUUCAACCGGUUUUUACUUCAAUUGCGAUGAACUCGGAACGAUUUAUUCCAAACAAAUCCUAUUGGAAUACCACACCGACAGUGUCUCUCAAAUAUCACACGCGAUCAGAUUUGCGAAAAGCAGUAAGCGCCAGUGAACCGUUGAUAGCUGACCACAACCAGACUUGGAAGAUAGUAGCAUCCUAUCUAUCUGAGACUCUCGAAGUUCAUCGUCAACUCACAGUGGAAACUGCUGAUGGGCAACGGUUUGUGUUCCCGCUGGUUUGGCUACGUGAUAACUGUCAGUGUUCCGAGUGCUUUCAUGCGAAGUCUUAUUCACGAAUCCUAAAUUGGGAACUGUUUCGAGUGAAUGGAGUACAAAUGCGGAAGUGCGUGGUGGAAGACGGUGGAAGUGGGUUGCAGAUCGUCUGGAGUGACGGCCAUCGGUCACAGUUCGGCAGUGAGUGGUUGAUAGAAAGAAGUUUCAACAAUGACUGCAGGCAAGAAUACCUCAACGAAUGGUACAGGCCCCGUCCAAAACUAUGGAAUAAACAACAUUUUAGUAAGAUUCUGAAUAACUUCGAAUUUGAAGAUGUUAUCAGCUGUGAUAAAACUCUGCUUGCUUGGAUUGAAUCUUUGAUCAAGUAUGGUGUUGUGAUGAUUCGAAAUGCACCUCUGGAGGAAACAGAAUCAAGGAAGUUGGCGGACCGGGUAGGAUUCAUUCGGAAGACUCACUACGGUGAGGAGUACAUCAUAAAGGCGAAGGAAGGAACCAGCAACGUUGCCUACCUGUCUGCAUCGCUGCAGAUGCACACCGACUUGCCGUACUACGACUAUCUUCCGGGUUGCAACAUGCUGCACUGCUUGGUCCAAUCCGAAUCCGAGGGUGGCCGCAAUCUACUCUGCGAUGCGUUCUACGUAGCGGAGCGGAUGCGAGAGAAGCAUCCGGAAGAAUUUCGUAUUUUAAGUGAAACAUUAGUCAAUUGGGCGGAUGUUGGCGAAGAUGAGGGCCGAGAGUUCCACAGCAUUUAUCGAGCGCCGGUGAUAUGUAUCGGUCGCGAUGGGAACUUGGAGCGUAUUAAUCAUAGUAUCCCUCAGCGAGACAGUUUCUUCAACAUUCCUCUGGCCAACGUGGAACCGUGGUACCGGGCACUGGAACUCUUCGUUGGACUUAUUCACCGGGAAGCGGUACAGUUUAAAACCGUUCCCGGUAACAUACUAACCUUCAGCAACGUUCGAAUGCUUCAUGGCCGUUCCGGAUACACGGAUACUGUCAGCAACACUCGACACAUCGUUGGGGCGUUUCUUGACUGGGAUGAAAUCUACUCGAAGUGGCGAGUGCUGAAAGCAAAGGCACGGAAAUAAGUGAAUGAGAUGACCCACACAGACAAAUCCAUUU